AUGUCCUACGGAUGGCUGACCGAGAGUUCCCUCCUACCCAGGAGGGCAGUCAAGAUCGGGGGCGUGUCUGAAUCCUCGCUGUAUACGCUGUCGAACCAGAUCUUCAGUCUGCAGCAAGAGCAACAGCAGAAGCCUCUUGAGCGUCUCCCCGGCUUUGACGGCCGCGGCUCCGUCCAGCUCGGGCCCGCAGGGCGAAAGGGAGUGCCAGAGAGCGCGGCAGGGUUGCCUGGGACAAAGGCGGGAGACGGCGAUCAGAGGUUGCGCGGAAGAGAACGGGGAGUGGACACGGAGGCAGAUGAGGAAGGGAGAGUGCGGAGAAGACGAAGGCGGUCACGCGACUCCGAUGUCGAGGAAGACCUUGGAUGCGUGGAUGGAGUCGUGCAACUAGGUUCCGUGAGACGGUGGGGGAGGCCGUCGAAAAAACCUCUCGACUGGCAGGGUCGUCUGAUGGCGGGGAAGAACCCGCGAGUCGAAGAGAGAGCGGCGACAGAUGAGCAAUUCCUUGCGGCCCAUGCGAAGACCGUCGAGGCCUCACGGCGGAAGCUCGAGGAGAAGGCGAAACUCUACGACGAUGUUAUCACCCCGAGGACGGAAGACGACAGGCGAACGACGACAGAGCAGAAACAGUUUCUCUGUGCUCUCAGCAAAGAAACUGAGAGGAGACGAGAGGAAGUUCAAGAGACCAAGAAACAGAGGCUCGCUUUGCUGCGGUCAAGAUUACUCGUCCUACGCGAAGCCGCUGCGGCGGCGGCCGCAGCGGCGGACAGUGAUGCGGCAGCAGACGCACUCAUGAAAGCCGCUAAGGCUGAAGCAACACUGAACAGGGAGAGUGUGGUAGAAGUCGAAUUUGGUCCCGGCAUCCUCUCGUAA